UAACGUGAGCUUACUUUUGAUAACAACAUAACAACAGUGACAGGUGUCUGAGGAAAUCUCCCCCAGUCAGUGCGUACAUUUUACUUCACAGUUGAAUCACAAUUUUCAUUCUGGAAGCGCUCUUCAUUAUCGUAAUGUUUCCUUUCUCUCAUUCAUUAUCAUAUUUUUAAAUUAUUCCCAAUGGCAGCCAUUCUACCAGACUCUGACAGUGAAGACGAAUUGCCGUCCGGUUGGGAAGAAAGAGCAACAAGCGAUGGCAGUGUUUAUUAUGUAAACCAUUCUACAAAAGGCACUCAAUGGACUCAUCCAAGAACAGGCAAAAGAAAAAUCGUCUCUGGAGAGCUACCCUAUGGUUGGAAAAAGACGGUUGAUGAAAACGGUAAAAUAUUUUAUGAAAACACUGUGAAAAAUUCUGUAACUUUUACUGAUCCUCGGCUGGCUUUUGCAACGGAACAAAAAGAGCACCCUACUGAUAUUCGACAAAAAUACGAUGCUUCGACCCAUGCACUUCAAAUUCUACAUGGACGCGAUCUGUCAGGAUCAGUUGCCAUCAUCACAGGAGCAAGUUCUGGAAUCGGAUUUGAAACGGCCAGGUCAUUGGCAUUACAUGGAUGCUGCGUUGUUUUUGCUUGUCGAUCGGAGGAAAGCGCAACAAGUGCUAUUGGAAAGAUAAAAUCGGAGCGCCCAACAGCAACAUGCCACUACAUAAAUCUGAACCUUGAGUCUUUAAAAAGUGUAGAAAACUUUGUGGCAGAAUUUAAGAAGGAAUUCAAGUUCCUACAUUAUUUAAUACUCAAUGCAGGAGUUUUUGCUCUUCCGCAUACCAUCACUCCUGAUGGAUUUGAACUAACUUUUCAGGUCUGUCAUCUCAGUCAUUUUUACCUGACAAAAUUACUCUGUGAUACUUUAGUUAGUACUCCUAAAAGCCGAGUCAUUGUUUUGUCCUCAGAGAGUCAUCGCUUCUCAUUGUUAUCGGAGGAUUCUAUUGAUGAAGAAACCCUGACACCUCUUGAUGGCAGUAAAUUCUGGUCUAUGAUUGCCUACAACAACGUUAAGCUGUGUAACGUUCUAUUUGCCUCUGAGCUUGCAUGCCGUUUGUAUUCCUAUGGCGUAUCAGUUUUUUCCUGUCAUCCAGGAAAUCUAGUCUACACCAACAUUUUCCGCUAUUACUGGGUUUACUGGCUUCUCUCUUUCCUUGUGAGGCCUUUCACUAAAUCUCUGCAACAAGCUGCCAGCACAACAAUUUACUGCGCGGUUGCAACAGAGCUUAAUGGGAUUUCUGGAUCUUACUUCAAUAACUGUUAUCAGUGUCGACCUAGCUCCAGAGCAAUGAACAAAACGAUGGCGGAGAAACUGUGGACAUUGUCAGAAAAUCUCAUACAGAAGUGGCAAGCCCGCACCUAAAAUCUUCAUGUAGCCGUCAUCGAGCAGAGGUUCUGAUCGCAGAGCAAGUUUUGACUAAAAACCAGGAAAUGUUGACUUACUACAAUGGAUCAUCCACUGGACUUCUCCAUUUGUGGAGGUUUAGAAAUGGAAUGCAUUUCCAGGGUGUCUACUAGUCCGGAAA